UUUACAUCAAUUUUAAUUUCCAUGUAUAAGAAUCCUUUAUUGAUUGCAGUUUAUACGGAUACACAGCCACAAGUUUAGUUGUGCCAACAAACGAAGCCUUCGAUCAUCUCUUACAUCUUACGGUCAACUAGCGGACAUCUGAGAUCCAAAUAAGAACGAACGAACGAACGAACGACACCUCGAUACUCUAAGAAACAUAAUUAGAAGUAACCAUCAAUAUUAAUUUUAAUCCAAUUCUUCCUCGUCCCCCUUUAUCCGGAUAACACUGGAACGUGUAGGGGAGGUCUCACCCCUGCCUUCCCUCCUCUCAACCCCUCCUUCCUCGUCCCCUUCCAUCCCACCAAUGGAGAACCCAUUCCUAGGCUGCCACCCCACCGACCCAAUCCCCAAUCCCUUCCUCAACCAGUCGAAACUAUUCCAAUUCCUCAGACCACCACUUACAACCACCAUCACCCCCUUUCUUGCCCAGAAACCCAAGCAAAAACAACCACUGCCCACGGCUGCCGGCUCCCUCAAGCUCCCUGAGCACGGCGGCCACCUCCAGCAAGCCAUCACCGCCCUGGAACAGGGCUCCCCCAUCCGGCCCGGAGCUUACAUUUCCUUGCUCCAGUCUUGCAUUGACGCCGACUCUAUCGAAGAUGGCCGCCGGCUCCACGCCUCGCUCUGCUCGGUGCAGGACCGCAACCCCUUCGUCGAGACCAAGCUCGUCAGCAUGUACGCUAAAUGCGGCAGCUUGGAGGAUGCCCGCCGGGUGUUCGCCGGAAUGCGCGAGAGGAACCUCUUCACCUGGUCGGCGAUGAUCGGCGGCUACGCCCGCGAGCAGCGCUGGGGCGAGGUCGUCGACCUGUUCUUCGGCAUGAUGCACGAGGGCGUGCUCCCCGACACCUUCCUGCUUCCGAGGAUCUUGCAGGCCUGCAGCAACACCGGCAAUUUAGAGACCGGGCGGCUGCUGCACUCACUUGCCGUUCGGAUCGGACUUCUGGAUUCGUCGAAAGAGGUCCGUGUGAGCAACUCGGUGUUGGCGAUGUAUGCAAAAUGUGGUGAGCUGGAUUCGGCCUUGAGGUUUUUUGAGAGGAUGGAUAGACGAGAUAGGGUAUCGUGGAAUUCUAUCAUUUCUGGGCACUGCCAGUGUGGUGGCCAUGAAGCAGCUCUGAGGCUUUUUGCACGAAUGAGAGCCGAAGGGAUUGAACCAGGAGUUGUCACUUGGAAUAUACUUAUUUUGAGCUAUAAUCAAUCUAGCAAUCCGGAUCUUGCAAUGGAGCUCAUGGAGCAGAUGGAGAGUUCUGGAAUCGCGCCAGAUGUCUUUACAUGGACAAGCAUGAUUUCGGGGCUCACUCAGAAUGACAGGAUGAAUGAAGCUUUGGAUCUCUUUCAGGAGAUGUUGCUUUCAGGAGUGGAACCGAAUGGCAUGACUGUUGCAAGUGCUAUAUCUGCUUGUGCCUCUUUGCAAUCUUUGGACAAUGGAAAGGAACUCCACUCAUAUGCGAUUAGGAUCGGAUGCAUCCACAGCAUUCUAGUGGGGAAUUCACUGAUCGAUAUGUAUGCAAAAUGUGGUAGACUGGAGGAUGCUCAGAGGAUCUUUGAGGAGAUGGCUGAGAAAGAUGUCUUCACUUGGAAUUCAAUGAUUGGAGGUUACACACGAGCUGGUUACUGUGGUAAGGCUUAUGAUCUGUUCUCAAGGAUGGAGAGUUCAGGUGUGCGCCGAAACGUAGUGACUUGGAAUGCCAUGAUCUCAGGCUACAUUCAGAAUGGGGAUGAGGACCAAGCCGUGGAACUCUUUCACACGAUGGAAAUGGAGGGGAUAAGAAGAAACACAGCUACAUGGAACACUCUGAUUGCUGGUUCAUUGCAAAAUGGUGAUCCAGACCAGGCCCUAAGAAUAUUCAGACAAAUGCAGGCAUUUUUGGUUCGGCCUAAUUCGGUUACCAUUCUUAGUAUCCUUCCAGCUUGUACAAGUUUAUUGUCGGUGUUGAAGGUGAAGGAGAUCCAUUCUUGCAUUCUGCACAAUGAUCUGCAGCGUGAUAUCUCGAUUGCAAAUGCUCUUGUAGAUACUUAUUCAAAGUCUGGCGAUAUCGAGUAUGCUCGAGUAGUAUUCGAUGGUCUCUCAGGAAGGGAUCUCAUCUCUUGGAAUUCAAUGAUUGCUGGGCUUGUUCUACAUGGACGUUGUCAUGAUGCACGAGAUCUUUUUAAUCAAAUGAAACAGGAAGGUAUAAGACCAAACAAAGCAAUCUUUGCUAGUGUGAUAAAUGCCUGUGGUCUUGAUGGAUUGGUGAAUGAAGGAAAGAAGCUCUUCUCUAACAUGACAGAGGAGUACCAGCUGUCUCCAGGUUUAGAACACUACACUGGAAUGGUAAAUCUCUUGGGGCGUUCUGGUAGGCUUAGAGAAGCUUCUGAUCUGAUUGACAAUAUGCCUAUUGAGCCCGAUGCUGCUCUCUGGAAUGCCCUUCUUACUGCAGCUAGAAUAUAUGGCAAUAUCAGAAUAGCAAACUUUGCGGCAACCCAUUUGUUUAAGCUGGAACCUAGAAACCCUGAAACUCUCAGGCUGCUAUCACAUGCUCAAGCUUUAUAUGGAAAGUCAAAUGAUGUGUCAAAGGUGCCAAGGGCUAAGAAAGAAGGCAGUGUUAAUGAGUCUCAUGGUUAUUGCUGGAUGGAAGUAAAACAGAAGGUGAUUACCUUCUCAACAGGAAGACAGCUUACUUUGAAUUCAGAGUCCAAACUAGCUGAAAUUAAUAGCAGAAUAAUGGAUACAAAUGAAGUCAUCCCUGAUUUUGAUGGCACUAUUCUUGAGAUUGAGGAAGACAGUGAAGACAUAGUUGGCACCCACAGCGAGAAGCUAGCAGUUGCCUUUGGACUUGUUAACCUGCCAACUUUUAGAGCCAUUCGGAUAGUUAAGAGUGUUCGGAUAUGUACCAAUUGUCACACAAUUUGCAAGUUAAUUUCUAAAUUAUAUAAACGUGAAAUAUUGAUCAAGGAUCCAAAGUCUUUGCAUCGCUUUAAAGAUGGGACAUGUUCUUGCAGAGAUUAUUGGUAACCCAAAAGAGCAAAAACUGGGAUGUUCUUAAGUGCUGAGAAAAUUCCUAGUGGUAGAAUCAAUGCCAUCUUCAGCCGGUGAACAUAGUUGCUCACGUGGGGGUGUAGCGGCUGCCCAAAAUUAUAUCCUUUUGACUUGUAUGUUGUGCAAAUAGUUAAUUUUGUUUCUUUCCAAAAAAAGUUUAUUUUUCUUUUAAAUUUAUGUACAGUUAGAUUUAAGUAUCCAGUUCUAUCAAGAAAAGAUGACCAAGUGAAGAAUUUUUUUGUCCUACAGAUUAGACUUGGAACAUGAAAAGAUGAUAUUCAAGUUAA